AUGAGUCGAUCAGUAAGCGUGGAUUAUCUUUCCCACCGCCUCCGAGAAAUGUCACGGCAGCGUGACCGCUUAUUGAACGAAGGAAACCAAACUGCGUUUAACACGUAUGAAUGUUACUACCCAUGCAACGUCGCGGAAGGAAUGGAAUAUUCCAGCUUUGAACGCCACCACCAAGGUCCUCAUCGAAGUUGGCACCGUGGGGGGUGCUUAAAUCUCCCCACUUCACUCCCUGAAAGAAAACGGAGGGGAUAUAGAGGAGAUGUCGUAACUGACGAUGAUCGACUUCCUUCUUCGUGCAGGCGCCCCUCACUGGAUGUUAGGAAGUACCCCGCACACAAAAGUGACUAUGGUGGGAAGAAUCGUAAACUCAGUUGUCGUUGGGUUACGCUGUCCAGCGACGAGGAUCAAAGCCGCGAGUCAACAUUUUAUACUCAAGCCCAUUCUGGCUCUAGUGCCCCUUUCUUCUGUACCCCCUCAAAGUCCUUUUCACAGGUUCCGCCCAGUUCACUUCUUAUUGCACUUGUAAACAACGUAGCACGUCGCCGCGGCGUUUAUGCACCAGCGAUUCCCCAAGAAGUCGUUAUUGCGUUUGAGAAUUGCGUGAAAAGUGGAACUCUUAUGCUGAAAUUUGUUCUCUAUGACGCUCCACACGAGCGUUUUUUUAUGAUCAAGUUUCUUGAUUUCAAGGUGUACGAAGCGAAGGUUGGACCAGUACUGUGCUGGUACACAAGUGCACGGAGUUCCACAAUCCGGCGCUAUUUGCCAUUAACAAAUCUUACCGCAGUGAUUGACGGCGGUGAUGGUCAUCCUGCCGUUCAGAAACGCAUGAUGGGACCCGGAGUGAUUAAAGGAGCUGCGUUUAAUCUAAAGACAACUUAUCUGGGAACAGAUUACAUUCUUCAGUGGCAUUUUAGUUUACCGAGAGGUGAGGAAGAACGGCUGGCUGUAAAAUUCCUGUGCAAAACGUCAUACAUAGCUUGGCGUGUAGUGACCGAGUUCUUUAGUAAGAUCGGUUCCGCAAUGAUGCCGACAAUGCAGAAUGGGGCAAAAUAG